AUGGAAACACCUGUACAGUCUCCUAUGGAGGAGGUUGCACCGCCUCCACCAGUGGAAUCUUUGUCUCCCGGUGAUAAUGCCAUCUCUCCGACCAGAGAGCCUAUUAAUGGCAAUUCACCGGAGAUCCCAGACCCUCCAACUCAAUCUUCUCCUCCUCCGUUAUCAUCCCCACCACCGGAACCUUCUCCCUCACCUCCACCAAUUGGAGCUCCUCCUCCUACUCCUUCAUCACCCGACCCGCCAACAAACUUGCCACCACCAUCUGAGAGCUCUCCUCCUCCAUCUCCACAGCUUGAUCAGCCUGCUAUUUCACCACCCCCACCAUCAUCUACACCACCGGAAACCUCUCCUUCACCACCUACAUUGAACCCACCAACAAAUUCACCUCCACCUCCACCACGAGAUUCAGAACGUCCUCCCCCUCCUCCUCCAUCUCCACCCCCGCAAGCAGUUUCUUCUCCUCGUCCUUCUCCUUCCCCACCAGCCUCAGGACGCCCUUCUCAUUCACCUCCUUCAAAACCUCCUCUUCCUCCCCCACGAGAUUCAGAACCUCCUCCUCCUCCUCCUCCACAAGAUUCAAAACGUCCUGUGCUACCUCCUCCUCCUCCUCCUCCACAAGAUUCAAAACAUCCUGUGCUACCUCCUCCUCCUCCUCCACGUGAUUCAGAACGUCCUGUGCAUUCUUCACAUCCUCCACCAGAGGAAAUUCUCCAACCUCCCAAAUCAAGUCCACUCCCCUUACCUUCAAAUUCUUCUUCAUCACCAACAUUGCCUUCACCACCUUCUCCUCCUACUAGAAGUUCUCUACCAGGUUCAGAUAAUUCGAGUAUCAGUACAGCGGCUUUAGUGGGUGUUAGUAUUGGGGUGGCUCUUCUGCUGCUUAGUCUUAUCGGAGUUGUUGUCUGGUGCUUGAUGAGACGAAAAAAGAGGCUCUCCGCUGUUGGUGGUGGCUUUGUUAUGCCAUCACCUAUGACCUCGUCGCCAAGAUCAGAUUCAGCGCUUCUGAAGACGCAGUCUUCCGCACCUCUAGUGGGGAUUCGUUCUAGCAAUCAAACAUUUUUUUCACAAUCAGAACCUGGUGGCUUUGGUCAAUCGAAGGAACUGUUCUCAUACGAAGAACUUGUCAAUGCAACAAAUGGAUUCUCAGAUGAAAAUCUAUUGGGUGAAGGUGGAUUUGGUUGUGUGUAUAAAGGGGUCUUACCAGAUGGAAGAGUGGUCGCUGUGAAACAAUUAAAAGUAGGUGGAGGACAAGGUGAUCGAGAGUUCAAAGCCGAGGUUGAGACCAUAAGCAGGGUACAUCACCGGAAUUUGCUUUCUUUGGUUGGAUACUGCAUUUCUGAAAACCGGAGAUUGCUUAUUUAUGAUUAUGUCCCUAACAACAAUCUUUACUUCCACCUUCAUGGCGCAGGAACUCCAGGUCUGGACUGGGCAACGCGUGUUAAAAUCGCUGCUGGUGCGGCCCGUGGAUUAGCUUAUCUUCAUGAAGAUUGUCAUCCGCGUAUCAUACACAGGGACAUCAAAUCAUCCAACAUUCUUUUAGAGAAUAACUUUCACCCUCUGGUUUCUGACUUCGGCCUUGCAAAGCUAGCUCUUGAUUGUAACACACAUAUUACAACUCGGGUUAUGGGAACAUUCGGGUACAUGGCUCCUGAAUAUGCAUCAAGUGGCAAGUUAACCGAGAAAUCAGAUGUGUUCUCCUUUGGGGUUGUUCUACUGGAGUUAAUCACUGGACGUAAGCCCGUGGAUACAUCCCAACCUCUGGGAGAUGAGAGCCUUGUUGAAUGGGCUCGUCCUUUGCUUAGUCAUGCCAUUGAAACCGAAGAGUUCAAAGCUUUAGCAGAUCCGAAGCUGGGAGGAAACUAUGUUGACGCUGAAAUGUUUAGAAUGAUUGAAGCAGCGGCAGCCUGUAUUCGCCAUGCAGCUGCAAAGAGACCUCGCAUGAGUCAAAUUGUGAGAGCUUUCGACAGUCUAGCGGAGGAAGACCUCACCAACGGGAUGAGACUAGGCGAAAGCGAGAUCAUUAACUCAGCUGAGCAGUCUGCAGAAAUAAGAUUGUUUAGAAGAAUGGCUUUUGGCAGCCAAAAUUACAGUACAGAUUUUUUCACUCGUAAUAGUGAUAACAGCAGAGACGAAAACGUGUAA